AGCGUGUAUGUUGGAGUAUGUGGCACGUAGAGCGUCUUCGGGAACGCGCAGGGAGUGUUCAGGGCUUUUUUUGUGCUCACCACGCACGUGAAAGGGCGCGCGGCAGCCGGCUGUUCCAUCAGCAGCUCGUGUUCCUGUAGUACUGUACUUCAUGGCGUUCCUGCAGAGGGCUGGAGAUUACUGCCACGCACAACAUUUCCAAAUUUGAACCAGGGAAGGAUGCCCUGCGCUGAUCUCUGGAUGCUGUGAGGCGCUACUAUCUGUGAUCCCAGCGCAACCAACGUGCACUCUCAGCAGCUAAUGGGGUGAUUCUUUUGGUAUUCCUUGCAAAAGGAAGCCAUCAUAGAGGCUUGUUCGGCCAAAGGGAUAGGACUCAAGGACGCUGAGUGUCCUUGUCUUCUUUUAUUUUGAUUUUAAAAUAAAAAAGGACUGAAAUACGCACCAGCAAAGGCGGACCCUGGUGGGGAGCUGGAGAGUCCAUUUCAUCACUUGCAGUGCUUAAAGUUUCUCCUGAAGUUUGGACUUUCGGAAGAGGCAGUAUGGCCCGGAUGAACAGGCCGGCUCCUGUAGAGGUUCGCUACAAGAACAUGAGAUUCCUGAUCACUCACAAUCCCACCAACUCCACCCUCAGCAGCUUCAUAGAGGACCUUAAGAAGUACGGAGCCACAACGGUGGUGCGCGUAUGUGAGGUGACCUAUGAUAAAACCUCGCUGGAGAAGGCUGGCAUCACUGUGGUGGACUGGCAGUUUGAUGACGGCGCUCCUCCCCCGUCUAAGGUGGUGGACGACUGGCUGAGCCUGCUGAGAAGACGCUUCAUGGAAGAGCCCGGCUGCUGCGUGGCGGUGCACUGCGUGGCCGGCCUCGGGAGGGCUCCGGUGUUGGUGGCUUUGGCUCUGAUUGAGAGUGGGAUGAAGUAUGAAGACGCCAUCCAGUUCAUCAGACAGAAGCGACGGGGGGCGAUAAACAGCAAACAGCUGACCUACCUGGAGAAGUACCGGCCCAAACAGAGACUGCGCUACAAGCACCCGCACAUCUUCAAGAACAAGUGCUGCAUGAUGUGAAUCUUGAUGUCGAGCGACCUCUGCCUUUCGGACCUGAACUGAUCUGGACGUCUCGGACUGCGCCACUGCGGAUGUGCCGUUAAAGCAGGACCUGAUUUGAUAUAUGGUGUGGUUAAAUCCCAGCUGGUGCCUAAUACUUAUCACUCCCACCGUGGAGUAAACACUGCCACGCCCUUCUGAGAUCCCCAGAGGGCUCAGUGCCUCACCAGCACCAAAGGUAUCCUUUCCUCCCGUAAGAUGCACCAGGAGACCCAAAAAUAAUGCCUCAAAUUUAUCGUUGUGGGCCAGACUGAGCCAGCUGAUGUGAACCGGGUGGAAAUUGUGGAAAAUUGUGUGUGUAUAUAUAUUUUUCCUGCUUUAUCGUUCUUUCUUUCUUUCUCCAUGUCUCUUACUCCAUCUGGAGACUCAGGUCCUGAUGUUUCGGCCACGGCUCCUCUCGGCCUGUUAUCCUUCUCGGACACUGUUGCUUACUGUAGGCUUUUCCCGUGCAGUGGUAGAACUGGACUGAGAGGAGCUGAAGAAGGGCUCAUAUUUCUUUGGACAUGAAAAUGUUUGCAACUGCUAAGUGAAAGCCAAGGCCCUCAAACUUAACGGUCUAUGAGCAGUAAAUGAAGGCUUCUGUGAACUUAGUAUGGAAAUCGCUUGUUAUCACGUGGGCUGUUUAUGUGCUGAUGCUCUUUCUCAGUUAAACUCUUUGUUAAAUGGACAUCGUUAGUCCAGGAGUCACUUUAAUGUAAAAAUGUAAAGCCGAAAUCUGUUCAUGAUCGAGAGGCGCAUGUCCUUGUUACUGAUAAUACAAUAUUGCCUACCACGUGCACACAGGUCAGCGGACAUCUGAUAUCGCACCAGAGGCCUUAUGUGGCUGAAUUAUGCUGGAGAGAUCAUCAUGAACUGGUGUCUGGAUUCGAAGACGCCUCUCUCUGCUUCUGAACACCACGUACCUCCUGCUGUAUAGAGAUAAUGAUAAUAAAGGCUGUUUAUGAA